UCUCCAGUAAUGCAAUGCCAAAGCGGCUUGUUCAACUCCAGAAGAGCCUCGUUUGAUCUGACGGAACUUCUUCAACUCACCGCCUCAUCAUCUUUACUUUUCACUUGAUGACAAUUUCUGUGGGAUUGUGCCAGGCGCUUCUUUCCCUCUCUGACUUUCAAAUCUCUCGCACUUAAAGUUUGAUAUAAAUUUUUGUUUCUUAAAGAAAAAAAAAAAGUGGAGAUGAAUAACACCGGGUUCAACCAAACGGAGAGCGGACUGUUCAACAAGACAGAGGAGUUUUUUUGCUGCAACUUUUCAUCCGUGGUGACUGAUAAUGGCUUUGUGGCUGCCGCUCCGGAUGAGAGGAGCCUCUUCAUCAUGAGGGUGGUCCAGAUAGCCGUCAUGUGUGUUUUGUCCCUCACGGUGGUGUUUGGCAUAUUUUUCUUGGGUUGCAACCUUCUCAUAAAGUCAGAAGGGAUGAUCAACUUCUUGGUAACGGACAGGAGACCGUCAAAAGAAACGGAGGCAGUUAUUGUUGGAGCCUACUGAUCAGAUGAGGACCUGUACAUUUUGGUUACUCUAAUCUGACGGAGACAGAUGGGAGACAAUGCGAUGAUCAGCUGCCUGAACAAGUCCCUCUUUUCAUUUUUUUUUUUUGGUAUUUAGAUAAACCUCAGAGAAACAGUCACCAUGUAAGAGGUAACUGAACCCUGGUGACUGAAGCUCACAGAUGUUCACCUUAUUUCAUGUGGCUUUUUAACGCCAACAAAGACUCAUUCAUCUCCAGGAGGUAUAGUGCGUUUUAAGCCUCUUUGUUUAUAAAGUAUUCCGUCAAGCACUGUUGUAAUUUCCGUAGAUGGAGCACCAUUUGUAAAGCAGCAUCCUUUGUCAUGUUAAUGGCAGAGUCUUCGUAUUUGCUGCUUAAUUUUACCCUCUCAUAUUGCUAAUGCAAUGGAGAAAUUAAUGUUUAGGAUGUUCUGUAUGUUGUAUGUGUUUUUGCAUACAAUAUGCAAUAUAUUAAUCAGUGUAUUUCUCUGGUUUUCCUGGUGAUAACUGUGUGAGUGUCUACG